AUGUGUGCAGCUUUAACAAUACCCAAGAAGCUUGACACCAUCCAGGACCAUAAGACACUAAGAAGUUUAAGAAAACUGGAGGCUUUGUUUGCAUUCUUCAUUGCGGUAAUGGCUGUGACUUUUGGAUAUGAGUAUGUGACUGUAAAACCAGACCAAGUACAGCUGUUGAAGGGGAUGUUUGUGCCCACUUGUGAAGGCUGCGGAACCAGGGAGUUGCAGCAGGCGGUUGGCACUGUUGGAGCUGUAAUCAUGCCCCACAAUAUCUAUUUGUACUCCGCCUUGGUCAGGUCCAGGCAAGUGAACCGAGCCAAUAAGAAUGAAGUGAAGGAGGCGAAUCGCUACUACUUAAUCGAAGCCUGCAUGGCUCUGUUGCUGUCAUUCAUCAUCAAUGUCUUUGUGGUCUCAGUGUUCGCUGAGGCUUUCUAUAAUAAGACCAAUGCACAAGUGCAUGAAGUGUGUGCCAAUAGCACGAGUCCACAUUCUGGCCUCUUCCCGAGCGAUAACAACACUCUCAGUGUCGACAUCUAUAAAGGGGGCGUUGUGUUGGGCUGUUACUUUGGUCCUGCUGCUCUCUACAUUUGGGCCAUUGGCAUCCUGGCUGCAGGCCAGAGUUCGACCAUGUCGGGGACAUAUACAGGGCAAUUUGUCAUGGAGAACUUUAUACCCCUCAACCAGGUUGUCCCCUCAGCCUUCUCUGUUCUCAGGAGAACAACCCCAGCCAAUCGAGCCUCUCUUUAUCGCUGA